AUGAAGGUAAGGACUAGAGCGGAGUACAUUCUGAAUGUUUGUGAUGAUCUUCUAGGAGAAGCGAGCGAUGAGACUUCUCACAUUGGAGAUGGUAUGGGAGCUGAACCCGCCGAGCAAGGUCAAGUACCUGGUAACCAACAAAGGGACCCUGAGGUAGGUGAAGAUAGGGCCCUGGAACGUUUCCAAAAGUUUGCUCCUCCAAAAUUUCUUAGGGGACCCAAUCCGGAAGUUGCCGAGAACUGGUUAGAGCGAAUGGAGGACAUAUUCGCUGCGUUACAUUACACUGAAGAGAGGCAAGAAAAAAGGGUGGACAAAUUUAUCAAACUGCGUCAAGGCACUUCAAGUGUGGCGGAAUAUGAGACCCAGUUCACCCGACUCUCCAAGUUUGCUCCGGAAUUGGUAGUUAGUGAGCAAAAACACAUAAGGCGGUUUAUACAAGGCUUGAAUGUGAAAAUUCAAAAGGAUCUAGCCGCUGCUCAAAUCGAUACCUUUAAAGAUGCUCUUGACAAAGCUCAACGAGUGGAGCAGGCUCGACUUCAAGUUCGAACCUUUCAAGCCAAGAAACGUGGUGCAUCUAGUAGUGCUCCUGGGCGAGGUGAUCAGGAUGCACCACCUCCUAAGUUUGGAAGAGGUGCGGGUGGAGUCCGAAUUGCUGGGACACAAAAAGGAGGGGCUCCAUCUAGAGGGACUCAAAGUGGAAAAGAACAAGGGCAACAUAGGACCAUUUUCCAAGGAGUUCCUACACCCACUCCUCGCGCAAGCUGUGGAUAUUGUGAUAGGGCAAACCACACCACGGACGCAUGCUGGCGAAAAUUGAAGAAGUGUCUCCGUUGCAGAAGUUCCGAACAUCAGAUCGCCACUUGUCCUGUUAAGAACCGUGAAGGGAACGAGGGUGCACAACCGAAGAAGUCAAACCCUAUGCAACCAACUGCCAGUGGAAGUAGACCCAAAACCUCUGCUAGGGUUUUUGCUUUGGACCACCAGUGA